AUGAAAACUGCUUACCAUUCGGUCGUUUUUACAAUUUUCCUUUGUUUUUCACGAAUAAUUGAAGGAUUAGAAUUAAGCGAUGAGCAAAAAGAAGAUUAUAAUCGUAAAUUGAAUAGCUAUUAUCGAUGCAUGAAGGAACGCGAGAAAUAUGUUAAAAAAAAGGUGACACCAAUUCAAGCAAUUGUCGCAUUACGAGAUGCUGAAUUGGAAUUGCAAUGUUUCAGAUGUUUAAGUCCAGAAGAACAAACUGAAGUGGAAGAAGUUUGGAAACCAAAUGAAUCAUUUAUAGGCAAAAAAAUUCGUCAAAUUAUUGAUAAAGUAAAAGAGUUUAUUUUGUCACAAGUUGAGUAUAAAGGUAAGACAAGAACGAAUGAAUGGGAUUAUCAUUGGGAAAAAGCUAAUUUUGAGGAUGGUACAAAGGGUUGGCAAAGUAUUGUUGAUAUUGAUCCAAGUCUUUCUAUAGCUGAAAAAACCAUAAGUCUUAUUAAAAAAUUUAUGCAACGUCAAAAAAUUGGACCAAAACUUGGUGAUCAUUUCGAACUUAUUUUAUCAAAAAUAAGCCGAAAAGAUAUGGGUUGGUAUCGAUGUAUAAGACGUAUAAAUGGUAUAGCAAAUAUAGCAAAUAUUUAUUACAUUGAUGUGAUCACUAAUUCAACUCCAAAAAUUAUAAUAAAUAAAUCUGUAAAAAGUGAAAUGCAAACUAUGCAACAUCAAUUUGUAAAUUUUAAAUUACAAUCAAAUGCAUUUGCGACAUCAUGGAGUGAAUGUAGUAAUUGUAAUACAAAAAAUGGUGAAAAACGACGUAAAAUUGUUUGUCAUUUAUCGAUUGCACCCGGUAUAUCUUAUGAUACAAUUUCAAAUUCUACAAUCUCAUAUAUGCAACUAUUUUAUGAUAUUCCAUGUCGUAGCUCAUUGGUACCAAUUGAAUUAAGGAAUAUUUUAUGGCCAAUUCAGGAUAUUGUUCAUGUUGAAAAUUGUUAUGUACCAUGUACAAAAGCAAAAAUUGAACAAACACGUUUAAUUAUGAGUAAAAAUGAAUUUGGUCGAAAUAUUAUCAUUGAUAAAAUUCCACCAGGUGAAUAUCAAAUGAAUGAACGAUUACCGCCACUUCGGAAAGCAGUAAAACGAGAAGUGAUACAGGCUUUUGAAAAUGAUCCUUAUAUUUUAUCUUGUCCACAAAAAGAAUUUGGCACUUUUUGGGCAUUAAAUGAAACAUAUAUUUCAUCUGUUUCACUGCUAGCACAAUAUCCUGAUAAGAGAAUUUACAUCGAUGGUGAUAAUCAGCUUAUCAUAAAUUAUCUUACAUUGGAUGAUGAUGAAAGUUUCUUUAGUUGUCACCGAGCAUACGAUGGUGACGUCUUGAGAACAUUUAGCCUUGUUGUUAAUAAAGGCAAACAACGCCAGGAAAUUGUUGAAUAUGUUAAUUUUGGUAUCAGAUACGGUGCAUUUUUACUUAUAAUAUUAAUGGUACUAUCAAUUACUUUGAAUGUAAGUGUUCAAUCGGAAAAGCAUCGACGUGAUACUGCAAUAGAACGAUACACUAGUAAACAAGUAAAACAAACCAAAUAA